UCCUUUUUUUUUAAUAUUUAAAAUUCCUUUUAUUUUCCCUUUCUUUCUUUCUUUCUUCGCAAACAAACAAUUCAAUCCCACCCUCUCUCUCCUCCUUUAUUCCUUUCUCUACCUAUAAAUUCCUUAUUUCUAUUUGCGCCUCUUCACUAUUUUCGUCUCCUUGUUUGAUAGAAUCUCCUGGAAGCUCAGGGAGAUCUGAAUUUUAGGGAUAGGAUCUAUAAUGGGCUCGCUUCCUCCACCACAGCUGAGCUUGGAUUUGAGACCCACUUUUGUUCCCAAGACGAUCACUGAUUUCCUCUACGAAGUUUCCACGAUCGCCCAUGCCUCCGAUAAGCUCUCCAGGCUCGAUGAUUUCGUCAACAGAUUGGAAGAGGAAAUGAGGAAGAUUGACGCCUUUAGGCGUGAGCUUCCUCUCUGUAUGCUCCUCUUGAAUGAUGCAAUUUUAGUUCUGAAGGAGGAAUCGGCAAAAUUCAGGAUACCUGAUUCUCAGCCAGUAUUGGAAGAAUUUAUUCCCUUGAGGAAACAGUGUGAUCAGAAGGAGGAAGAUGAAACAGAAAAGGAAUGCCGAGACAAGAAGAACUGGAUGAGUUCUGUACAACUGUGGAACACUGAUAGUUACCCCACCUGUGAACAAAAAGAACGUUAUAAAUUAGAAAACAAGAAAAAUGAAGAACCCACUGUGGCAGAGGAUCCUUUGAAAUCUUGUAGAAAUAGAAUUGGAAGGAGGGUUUUUAUGCCUUUUGCAUCAUACAGUCCAGUUCAUGUGACAACUGUGGCAACCAAGGAAGAAAUGGAAGAGUCUGAUAUUAAUGGACUUUCUCUUGUCACUCCUGGAGUUAAAAAUCUGAGGGAGGGGUCUGUUUCUAGCGGAUCAAGAAUAUCGUCUGGCAGGGCGGUUUCAUCGCCUCCUUGCAGUGACCAACCAAGUUUACGCACUGGACAGCAUCAGACUGCUCGGAAACAAAGAAGGUGUUGGUCACCAGAGCUGCACCGUCGAUUUGUCAAUGCCCUGCAGCAACUUGGAGGUUCUCAAGCUGCCACUCCAAAGCAAAUUAGAGAACUCAUGCAAGUUGAUGGCCUGACCAACGAUGAAGUGAAGAGCCAUUUACAAAAAUACCGACUUCAUACCCGAAGACUUCCAGCUUCCACAGCUACUCCUGGUGACCAGUCUGUUGUAGUUCUCGGGAGUUUAUGGAUGUCCCAAGAUCAAUAUAAUGACUCCUCCAAGGGUAUCGUUUCAGGGUCUGGCUCUCCUCAAGGUCCCCUCCAGUUAACCUCAGGAUCUGGAGGAGGAAUGUCCCAAACUGAAGAUGACAGCAUGGAAGAUGAUGAUGAUGAAAAAUCCGAGAGCGAUAGAUGGAAUGGUGAAAUCCAUAAACCUGGAAAAAAUGAUGUAUAGAUAUUCUCCGCCAUGAAUUUUGCAGAUAAAAGUAUACAUGGGAGGAGUUUAUGACCACAUAAGGGAAUACAUCGUGAAACAAGUUGAAAAGGAGGAUCUAUCUGCAUGGAGAGACUAGAGAGGCUAUUUAAAUUUUGCAGGAUUAGCUUUCUUUCUGUUUGAGUUUGAGUUUUGAUCUGAGACUCCGAGAUUAAGAUCAUUUCUGCACAUUAAGAAGCAGGUGUUUUUCCUCAUAUCAUAAAAUUCGUUCAUUGCUUUUGGUCCUGAACACGAUAUGAUGGUCCGUAAGAAAUUUCUCCAGUGGCUUCUAUGAGGUCUCUCCAUUUUUAUCCGAGUGCUUGCAAACACAUGGAAAAUUAUGAAAUAUAGAACGAUGAGGAGUAUAACUGUCAUGCUACCAACUUUUGGCCUAUUAUGAUUUUCAUUUGAAAGUAGCUCAGCGGUUUUUCAUGUAUGGCUGGUGAUCUUAUGAUCUUUUCCAUCCAUUGUCAUUACUUUAUCUGUUGAAUGCGGAUUUAAAAUCUGCCUGCUACCUAGGCUAAAAUGUACCUUCUUUGUGUAUACUGUGGUCCAUUAGAUGAGACUUCUUUGAAAAAUUA